AUGUGGAUUGAUGAAUAGUAACUAAUGAAAUUUUUAAAAGUUUUAAAACAAGGUGAGAAAACUAUCAGAACAGAACUUCAGUUUCACUCGUACUUCGCUCCGUUCGAGUCUCAGGAGCCAUUUGAUUCUAGCAUUCUAUCUCCUGCCGUUUCUUCGUUUUGAGAAGUUCUUUAACCGGAUAAUAUAUGGAAAAUGACGAACCCUUUGCUAAGCAGAGUGUCCAAAGCGCUUCCACCAUCAGCAAAGAUGAUCAUCCUACUCGACAGGUAGAAGACUCAAGUGAAAUAGUUGAAGAAACCCCACCUGGUCAACAGCAGAGUCCACAACACCUUAUAUUAGAAUUACCAUCAAUAGUUAUCAAGGACGACAGAGAGGAUUAUACAAGAAAAAACUUGCCCCAAACACCAAGUCACACUCCUAAAAGAGUAAAUUUUUCCCCAUUACCGAGCCCUAGCUCUGGGAGAGUUAAUUUUUCCCCAUCAAGAAAUAAAUUUACCAUAAAAACCCUUCUACCAAAACUAAGUUUCAAACAUCAAAGUACUACUGCAGACAUCGAGAAGGAAGCCAUUAUACAACUAGGAGGUUCACCGGCAGGGGUAUGGGAGAAGCAUCAGUUUUCAAGGACAUUUUCUCUUACAAAGCUAUUUAUGUCAAAAACGAAUAAAGCAUCAUCCUUACCCGUGAGCCCAAUUGCUCACUCAAAUCCAGAGACUAUGCAUGGAUGGAAUGUGAUCAGUCCAUUAAGUUCUGUUAAAGGAGGGGGCUGGCGGUCUAUCCACCGUUCUCGUUCAGUCCCUGACCUUAGCAAGGAAGGAAGUGUAUCUGUCCCUGGUGGUUUCCGUGUAAUUCCCAGCACACCACGAAGAUCUGAGAGGACUGUCACAACAACAACUAACCAAUCUCUAGGAGAUGAUAUUGAUGGAAAUGAUGAUGGUGGUGAAAAUAUUGCUGAUGAAGAAGCUGUUUGUAGAAUCUGCUAUGUUGAACUUGGGGAGGGUGCUGACACCCUCAAAAUGGGAUGUAGCUGCAAAGGUGAACUUGCUUUGGCCCACAAAGAAUGCGCUGUAAAAUGGUUUAGCAUUAAGGGUAGUAAAAUAUGUGAUGUGUGCAAGCAAGAGGUUCAGAACCUACCUGUCACGCUUCUACGAGUUCAAAAUGUUCAGGUCCUUAACUUGCAAGAGAGUGGUCAGCAAGCUGACUUUGCUAGACAUAGGAUAUGGCAGGAUGUUCCGGUUCUUGUCAUUGUCAGCAUGCUUGCUUACUUUUCAUUUUUAGAGCAGCUUCUGAUUUCAAAAAUGGGAUCCGGUGCAAUUGCCAUUUCUCUCCCAUUUUCCUGCAUAAUCGGUCUUCUAGCAUCCAUGGCAGCCACAACAAUGGUAAGCAGAAAAUAUAUCUGGGUUUAUGCGGGCAUUCAAUUUGUGCUGGUGGUUCUCUUUGGACAUCUUUUUUACUCGUUGCAGGUUCGUAUCCAGCCCGUUCUAUCUGUCCUUGUUGCCACACUUACUGGGUUCGCAGUUACAAUGUGUGGACAUUCUAUUAUUGUUGAGGUUUGGAAGUGGAAAACAAGGUCCCCUUCUUCAUCAAAUCAACGGCAGGGCCAGAUCGAUUGACUGAAAAUGCAGAUCAAUUUCAGACGGAUCUUCACCAUCAUGCAAGUGAAAUGGGAGAUGUAGAAGCUAUCCAUGGCGGCUGAUUGGAUAUCUUUCAGAUUCAUUAAUGCGUGCCACAAGCAGUGGCAUCAUAAGAUCAAUGGUGUUUUGCUGUGUAAAUUACUAGAUGAUUUUGUAUAUUUUGAGCCCUGUAGCCUCCUAUAGGCUAUUGGGUCUAAUGCAUCGUUAAUAUGAUGAAGACUG